AUGAUCAAUAAAUUUAUGGGGUAUUUCAAGAAUAGACCACCCUUUCAAAAGAGAGUGGCCAAUUCCUCCCUAUUGAGUUAGUCAGAUGAGAUAUUGUUGGAUGAUCUAUUGUUCCUUAUUUCUUGCUUUGAGAAUAACCAUUCAGAAUUUAUAACCAAAUCCCCAUCUUAUUACAUAGAAUAAUACUUUGCACUAACUAACGAAUAGUAAUGAGUAAUUCAUAACUCUUUAGGGAAUAUGCCAACUCCUAUAUCAUUAGAAACAAAGUGUUUUUAACCUGCCACUUAAUGCUGCAUGAAUUUCAAUUAGGUAUUGACUUCGCUGAUCAUUUCCUCAACUAGAAAUUCCCAGUUUUAUUAGAUAAAAAAUCUCCUGUGUUUGUUAAAACUACCUCCCAGAAAGAAGAAUGGCUCUCAGCGAACAUCUAAUUAAGUUACUUCCAAUAUCUUCAAAAGCUGGCUGUGAACAUACAGGUCUUCCAUGCAUGCAAAGUGCAACAAUACCCUUUGUUUUAGGAGGGAUAAAAAUUCAUUGACAUCCAAACUAAAUUGCUUUGGCUCUUCAAGAUUAGUAAUCUAGUAAGACUUUAAAUAAUAUUAUAAGGUUAAUAGUGGCCUGGGGCAGAUGGAAAUCUUAAAAUAAGCCCUGCAGAUGGUCCCUGAAGAUAUGCUGUUGAAAGAAAUUGUCCUAGUUUACUGGUCUGACAUCAUAGUGUUCUAUAAUUUUCUCAGUAAAGAAGUAUAUCAACAUCCGUAACAAAUAGAUCUUAUAAUUGUUAGAUUAUUAUAGACAUCUAGCCACUCAUAUUUGUCUUUAAUUCUAUGAACUCUACUUAUAAUUGUUUCAAAUCAGAAAUUCCAUUUCAGAUCUUUACAAAUACCGUAAACAUUUUGAUAGAGACAAUGUCAUUAAAUAGCCUAAAUGGUUUGAUGUCAACAAACCAGUUCAUAAAUAAAUAGAAGAAUUCAUGUUGAAGCAAAAGUUGAAUAUGGGAAACAACACAGAUAGAGCUGCCUUGAAACCAUAAAUGUCAAGCAGAGGAUCCAAAUCUCAAAUUGCACUAGACACAAGAAUUGAUUUAAGCAAAUUACCUAGAUCAAAUAAUAAUACAAUUAAAACUCAUAGAGCAGGAAGACAAGGAGAAAGUGAAGGAGACGAAGAAGAUUUUGAAUAACUUAAAUAAAUCCUGCAAAAUUAGAAUAUUUAAACCAAAUUAACAAUGAAAAAAUAAUAAAAAUAAAAAUAGCAAGAUUCUGAAAUUUCUUUUUAAAAAUAAUCUCAAGAAGAAGGAACAGAUCUACCAAAAGGAGAUUGA